GGCGGCCCGUCACGUGACCGCGGCGGCGCCUGGGAACCGCCGGCGGCCGGGUGCAAGAUGGCCGCGCACCUGUCGUACGGCCGAGUGAACCUGAACGUGCUGCGCGAGGCCGUGCGUCGCGAGCUGCGCGAGUUUCUGGACAAGUGCGCGGGGAGCAAGGCAAUUGUGUGGGAUGAAUACUUAACAGGACCAUUUGGACUGAUUGCACAGUAUUCACUACUAAAGGAACAUGAAGUGGAAAAAAUGUUCACACUUAAAGGAAAUCGUCUGCCGGCAGCUGAUGUCAAGAAUAUCAUUUUUUUGGUCAGACCCAGGCUAGAAUUGAUGGAUAUAAUUGCUGAGAAUGUGCUCAGUGAAGACAGACGGGGCCCUACCAGGGAUUUCCAUAUUCUGUUUGUGCCCCGCCGGAGCUUGCUGUGUGAACAGCGGUUGAAGGACCUGGGUGUUUUGGGAUCCUUUAUCUAUCGAGAGGAAUACAGUUUAGAUCUCAUUCCGUUUGACGGGGACCUCUUAUCCAUGGAAUCAGAGGAUGCAUUCAAAGAGUGCUACCUGGAGGGCGACCAGACAAGCCUGUACCACGCGGCCAAGGGGCUGAUGACCCUGCAGGCGCUGUACGGGACCAUCCCCCACAUCUUUGGGAAAGGAGAAUGUGCUCGGCAAGUGGCCAACAUGAUGGUCAGGAUGAAGAGGGAGUUCACGGGCAGCCAAAACUCAGUGUUCCCCGUGUUUGAUAACCUCCUGCUGCUUGAUCGCAACGUGGAUCUGUUAACGCCACUCGCCACCCAGCUCACGUACGAAGGACUCAUCGAUGAGAUUUACGGCAUUCAGAACAGCUAUGUGAAGUUACCACCAGAGAAGUUUGCGCCCAAGAAGCCGGGUGGCGGCGGUGGCGGGAAGGACCUUCCCACGGAGGCCAAGAAGCUCCAGCUGAAUUCUGCAGAGGAGCUUUAUGCCGAGAUCCGAGACAAGAACUUCAACGCAGUGGGCUCUGUGCUCAGCAAGAAGGCGAAGAUCAUCUCAGCAGCCUUUGAGGAGAGGCACAACGCCAAGACGGUGGGGGAGAUUAAGCAGUUCGUCUCCCAGCUGCCCCAUAUGCAGGCCGCCAGGGGAUCUCUCGCCAAUCACACCUCAAUUGCAGAGUUAAUCAAAGAUGUCACCACUUCUGAAGACUUCUUUGAUAAGUUAACCGUGGAGCAGGAGUUCAUGUCCGGGAUAGACACUGAUAAGGUCAACAAUUACAUCGAGGACUGUAUUGCCCAGAAGCACCCGAUCAUCAAGGUGUUGAGACUGGUCUGCCUUCAGUCGGUGUGCAAUAACGGGCUCAAGCAGAAGGUUCUGGACUACUACAAAAGGGAGAUUCUCCAGACCUACGGCUAUGAGCACAUACUGACCUUGAACAACCUGGAGAAGGCUGGCCUGCUAAAGGCUCAGACAGGGGGCAGAAACAACUACCCGACGAUUCGGAAAACGUUACGGCUCUGGAUGGACGACGUCAAUGAACAAAACCCCACAGACAUAUCCUAUGUGUACAGUGGUUAUGCGCCACUCAGCGUGAGACUCGCUCAACUCCUUUCCCGGCCGGGUUGGCGGAGCAUCGAGGAGGUUCUCCGAAUUCUCCCGGGACCCCACUUUGAAGAACGGCAGCCGCUGCCCACUGGGCUACAGAAGAAACGCCAACCAGGGGAAAACCGAGUCACGCUGAUAUUUUUCCUCGGGGGUGUCACCUUUGCGGAAAUCGCCGCCCUGCGCUUCCUCUCCCAGUUGGAAGAUGGAGGCACUGAGUAUGUAAUUGCGACCACUAAACUGAUGAAUGGAAGCAGCUGGAUAGAGGCUCUCAUGGAAAAGCCACGAUAAGUCUGGAAGACGACCUUGCCCAGGACAGUGGUUUUGUGUUGAGGACUAAGCCAGCAUUGACCGAGUGCUUCCUCUUUCCUACAGAGAAGAGCACAUUUGUGUCUCCAGUCUCUUCCAAUUUGAUUUCUAAGGCAAGCUUUGUUUCCAUCUGAAAAAUCAAGAAGUUUGGAGGACUUUUUUUUU